CUCGCACAUGCAUAAACAGCCAAGAGGCUCUAACAGACACUCCAACAAAUAGUUAAGAGAGUAGAAAUGUGGCUUCGCGAAGACUUGUUGAAGGCCAUAUGGCACGCUUUCACAGCCUUGGACGUGGACCAACGUGGCAAAGUGUCCAAGUCGCAGUUAAAGGUGCUGUCUCAUAGCCUGUGCACUGUCAUGAAGAUCCCCCAUGACCCCUUGACACUUGAGGAGCAUUUUAAAGAUGAUGAUAAAGGCCCUCUUUCCAACCAGGGCUAUAUGCCCUACCUCAAUAUGUUCAUUCUUGACAAGGUCCAAGAGGAUUUCGAUGUGCUGGAGUUCAACAAGAUGUGCUGGACACUGUCUCAUAAGAAAAACAUCAGCACCAAUAAUCUACUCAUCUCAAACUACGAUGCUUUUAAAAUCUGGUGCAUUUUCAACUUCCUGUCUGAAGACAAGUACCCGCUUGUCAUUGUGACUGAGGAGUUGGAAUACUUUCUGCAAAAGCUGAUUGAGGCCGUGGCGAGCGGGUGGACCGAGGGCAAUCUUUGGGAUUCCGAGCUCCAGCUGAGCAGGAGAGGCUGCCUGACUGUUUGGGAGAUGAUCCAACUGGUGGGAACAGGUGCCUUCAGCAAAGGCGUGGACCAACAAAGUCUCUCUAUGGGCAUCAAUGAGGUCUUUCAGGAGCUCAUACUGGACGUGCUGAAGCAGGGCUACAUGAUGAAAAAAGGCCACAAGAGGAAGAACUGGACAGAGCGCUGGUUUGUGCUGCGACCCACCUCAAUGUCGUACUACGUUUGUGAGGAUCUUACUGAUAUGAAAGGUCACAUCACUCUGGACCAAAACUGUUGUGUGGAGUCUCUCCCAGACAAAGAAACAAAGAAGUGUCUGUUCAUCAUCAAGUGCCCCAAUAAAAGCUUUGAGAUCAGCGCUUCCGAUAAAAAGAAGAAGCUGGAAUGGAUUCAAGCCAUUCAAAACUGCAUCCAACUGCUGAGGUUGGGGCUGCCGUCGCCUCAUCGCGAGGCCAGGCUGAGACGCCGCCAGCUCCGGCAGAGGCAGCAGGAGAAGGACGACGAGCUGGCCGAGAGAAUGAGGCAGCUCCAGGUGGCCAAUGACAGCAACCAGAUGCAGCUGGACGCUAUGAGGAAGAAAAUGGAGGCGGUCACAGCUGAAGCAGCAACAGAAGAAGAGAGGAGGAAGAAGACUCAAUUGGAUCUGCAGGAUCACUUCAGACUGGACCUGGAAAGAGAGAAAAUGGUGCGUCAGCAGAUGGAGGAGCAGGUGGCCCAAAAGUCCAGUGAACUGGAGCAGUACCUGCAACGUGUCCGCGUGAUGGAGGACAUGUACCGUCAACUGGAGGAAGCCUUGGAGGAUGAGAGGCAGGCCAAGCAAGAUGAAGAAGCCAUGCGCAAACUUCAGGCCAGGCUGCUGGAGGAGGAGACUGCCAGAAGGGCGGAGCUGGAGCGCCUCCACCUGCAGCAGAAGCAAGCGCUGUACCAAACGCAGGCCGAGAAGCAGGAGCUGGAGGCCGAGCGGCUUGCCAAGGACCAGGAGCUGCAGGCCGCCAUGCUGCAGCUCGAGCAAGUGGAGACGGAGCGACAAGGCGUGCUGGAGAAGUAUGAGGAGGUGUCGAGAAAUGUGCGGCGAGCCACUAACAAGACCAAGAAGUGGAAAGAUCAAGUGGCCAAACAUGAAGGUCUUGUGCGUCUCAUCCAGCCAGGCCACAAGGGUCCCCAGAGGGUGACCAACUGGGGGCCUGCUUCGGUGACCGACGUGGAGCUUGAGCUGAAGAAGAAGUUCUGGCAGGAGAGCAAAAACCAAAAAGGCUCAAGUCCAUGAAGGAACAAUGAAAACAUCCUUAAUCGCGUGGUUGUUUUUGUUUUCAACACACAUUCCAUUUGUUGAUUAAGACAGUGGUACCUUAACUCUGUCAACCGCAAGAGUGCUCCACCGUCUAGUACUACUAAAACAGACUAAUUCUACACACUUGUCACGUCCCAACCUGCGAUAGUCUGUUGAAGAAAUAAUAAAAGGAGAGCGAAAAAAACC